AUGGGGGCCCAGAUCUGCUCCCAGGCUGACACCGAGGAGCCCCUGGAGAUCCUUCGCUUCCAUCCCGAGGCCAAAGGCGCGCAGGUGCUCCUGGACGCCAAGCGGAUGUCUGCGUGCCGACUCGCCACUUUCCACGACGGCAUCGUGUUCAGCCAGCGGCCCGUGCGGCCCAGGGAGCGCGUGGCACUGCGCGUGCUAAGGCACGAGGGCGGCUGGCACGGUGGCCUCCGCGUGGGCUUCACGCGCCUGAACCCCGCGUAUGUGCCGGCGCCCAGCCUGCCUCCCUUCCUGUGCCCAGACCUGGAGCAGCAGAGCCCGACGUGGGCGGCGAUGCUGCCUGACGCCUGCGCGCUGGCUGGGGACGUUGCUCACUUCUGGGUGAACCGCCGCAGCCGGCUCUACGCCCUGGUAAACGGGGGCCGGAGGCUUCUGCUGCGCAAGGGCGUGCCCAUGGGCGCCCCGCUCUGGGCCGUGAUGGAUGUGUACGGGACCACAAAGGCCGUCGAGCUGCUCGAUCCGACAGCCAGUGCCUUCCCCACAGCCUCACCCUGGGCCCUCCCAGAGGAGACUCCCUCUGACCCUGAAGCCACAGCAGAAGAGGAGUGUGCCAUCUGCCUGCACUGUACUGCCAACACCUGCCUUGUCCCUUGUGGUCACACACACUUCUGCAGCUGCUGCGCCUGUCGGGUCUUCAGGGACACAGCCAAGUGCCCCAUGUGUCGCUGCGAGAUUGAGGGGGUGGUCCUGGCACGGGGCCCACGUGCUCGGAGGACUGGGGAAGGCCUUCCUGCGUGA